CCGCCCCCCCUUUUAAAAUCUUUGGAUUUCUUCGGAAGACAGACAAGGGGUCUUGGACAGGACCAUGGCAUCCACGGACGGUGCCAACAACAUGCCAAAGCAGGUAGAAGUGCGGAUGCAUGAAAGUCACCUGAGCACAGUGGAACCUCGUCCAAAACAUCUCAGUGUGCGGCUCUGCUAUUCACUGCGAAAAAAUCUGCUCCUUUCACUGACUGUAUCUGGUGUCAUCUUGGGUGCUGUAUGUGGUGCUCUACUUCGAAUGGCAACACCUAUUAACCCUGAUAUUGUCAUGUUGAUAGCCUUCCCAGGAGACAUCCUUAUGCGAAUGCUAAAAAUGUUGAUUCUUCCAUUAAUUAUUUCAAGUUUAAUCACAGGUCUCUCUGGCUUGGAUGCUAAAGCCAGUGGCCGACUAGGUACAAGGGCCAUGGUUUACUAUAUGUCUACUACUAUCAUUGCUGCUAUAUUGGGGGUCAUUCUGGUCAUAGCCAUUCAUCCAGGCAACCCCAAACUCAAGAAGCAGCUGGGAGAAGGAAAGAAGAAUGAUGAAGUAUCCAGUCUAGAUGCUUUCUUGGAUCUCAUCCGGAAUUUGUUCCCUGAAAACCUCGUCCAAGCAUGCUUCCAGCAGAUUCAAACAGUCACUAAGAAAGUACUUGUCCCUCAAGAAAUUGAAGAACCAGCUAAUGUUACAGAAUCCAUUUUUGCCAUGAUGAAUGAAACAGAAGUAACUGCAGAACCACAGACGGUUAUUAAGAAGGGCCUUGAAUUUAAGGAUGGAAUGAAUGUUUUAGGUCUUAUUGGGUUCUUCAUUGCUUUUGGCAUUGCAAUGGGCAAGAUGGGAGAACAAGCUAAGAUGAUGGUGGAUUUCUUCAAUAUCUUGAAUGAGAUUGUAAUGAAAUUGGUAACCAUGAUCAUGUGGUAUUCUCCAUUUGGCAUUGCCUGUCUCAUCUGCGGGAAAAUCAUUGCAAUCAAGGACUUGGAAGUAGUUGCUAGGCAACUAGGCAUGUACAUGGUAACUGUGAUCAUAGGCCUUGUCAUCCAUGGAGGGAUCUUCUUGCCUUUGUUGUACUUUGUUGUAACAAGGAAAAAUCCCUUCUCAUUCUUUGCUGGAAUCUUUCAAGCAUGGAUUACUGCUCUAGGCACUGCUUCAAGUGCUGGUACAUUACCUGUUACCUUCCGCUGCCUUGAAGAAAAUUUGGGCAUUGAUAAGCGUGUGACAAGAUUUGUUUUACCUGUGGGAGCCACCAUUAACAUGGAUGGGACUGCCCUUUAUGAAGCAGUGGCUGCCAUCUUCAUAGCACAGAUGAAUGGAGUUGUGUUAGAUGGGGGACAGAUAGUUACUGUCAGCCUGACAGCCACCCUUGCAAGUGUUGGCGCUGCCAGUAUACCAAGUGCAGGACUGGUUACCAUGCUUCUCAUCCUCACUGCAGUGGGCCUUCCCACUCAGGACAUCAGCUUACUUGUUGCUGUAGAUUGGCUCUUGGACCGAAUGAGAACAUCAGUCAAUGUUGUAGGAGACUCAUUUGGAGCUGGCAUUGUCUAUCAUCUGUCUAAGGCAGAAUUGGACAACUUAGAUUCCCAUCACAGAGGACAUGAAGAUAUUGAAAUGACGAAGACUCAGUCAAUUUAUGAUGACCUGAAAAAUCACAAGGAAAACAGUUCAAAUCAAUGUGUUUAUACAGCUCACAACUCUGUGAUAAUAGAUGAAUGCAAGGUAACCUUGGCAACCAAUGGGAAAUCUUCAGACUUCAAUGCCGUUGAAGAAGAACCUUGGAAACAUGAGAAAUAAGACAGAAACAAUCAAUAAACAACCUUUAAUAAUUCCUGAAAGUUGUCUGAUGGUAAAAGCUGACAAUUAGAUGAUUUUUCUCUCUUUCUAUUUUGAAUCAAAAAUAUCUGCUUACUUAGUACUGUUAGCUUAGAAAAGAUGUCAUAAAACCAUUGUUCCUUUAGUAUCUUUGCCAAAUAAUACCACAUAACCAUCUGUCUCAUUUGUAAUACCAUUUGAACGGAUGCAGCUGGAAGACACUAGGUUGGUUCUAGAAAUGAAUUUUUGCUGGGCUUCCCAUUCUCACUCAAGACACAGAGAAUGUAAAUGCUGCAAUAAGGAAAAAUCAUAAACCCAAGAUGGCUGACUUGCUCCAGGAACUUGAGCUAAUAAGCAUUAAGUAUUGUGCUACCCAUUCAGUAUUUGCAUUGCCUCUUAUCCUGCUGUACCUGUGAAGGAGCACU